AUGAGUAAGAAGUAUGUUUACUGGGAAAAGCAGGGAAACGAUCGUAUGUGUGGUCUCCAUUGCUUAAAUAGCAUUCUUCAGGGUCCUCAUUACAGUGAAGACAUCCUGGCUAAUAUUGGAAAAGAGUUGGACGAAAAAGAAAAAGAAUUUUUAAAAUAUUCUUCUAACGACUUAGUAAGAAAAAAUUCAUUAAAUGUAUUGGAUGAUGGUUUUAUUAACAUAUCAGUAUUAAUUGAGUGUUUAAAGAGAAAAAAUAUAUUAUUAAAAAAUGCAUUUGAAGAAGAUUUAAUUAAAAUAAUUUCAAGUGGUCACCAAGAUAUUGGUUAUAUAUGUAAUUUGGAACAGCACUGGUUUAGCAUACGUAAAAUUCAUAAUACAUGGUAUGUGCUUGACAGUUUAAAGAGUGCUCCAUUAUAUAUUAAAGAUAUGAACUUAAAAUUUUAUUUUAAUGAUGUUAUUAAGAAAUAUCAUAUAUUUUCUGUUCAGAAUGAAAAUCCGUAUAUAUCAUUACCUAAACCAGAUAUAAAUUUUGUUGCAAAAAAUCCAAAUCAAUUUUAUAUACCAACAAAUGAAAUAUCCGAAAUUUCUUGCAUGUCAGACGGUUUUAUAUUAGAGGACAAAUUUAACAUGAACAAGUCAGAAAAAAAUUUGAUCUUUUCAAAUUCUAAUAAAACUCAAAAAUUUAAAUGGCCAGAAUAUGGAGGCAGGAAGUUGAACGAUGAUAUGAGUACCGUUAACUCCAAUUAUAUGGAUGACGAUGACGAUUUGAAAAUUGCUUUGAAAUUGUCAAUGGAGGAAUAUGUUAAGAAUUUGCCUCCACCAUCUGAAGACCCACCCGAUGAAAACUGUAUAAAUGUUAUGGUCAAAUUACCAAAUAAAAAAAUUCAAAAAAAGUUCAUUGCCACAAAAACGUUAGCAGACAUUUUUUACUGGAUAGAAUAUGAGUCUACGAACGGUCAAAAUGUCAGCUCUUCGUUGCUCUUCAGAAAGAGCUACUACCUUUACCAAACAUACCCAAGGAGAAAAUUCUGCAAGUACCAAAAUGGGUCUAUAGAGUUACAAACAGGUGACAAGACUGAGCUGGUACAUGACAAGCUUUUGAAGGAUAUGAAGUUUGAAAAGGAAGAGACCUUCAUGAUAUCUUAG